AUGACAGACAGUCUCGCCCUCACCAACAAGAUCGCCAUCAUCACCGGCUCAGGCCGUGAAAACGGCAUUGGCGCAGCCAUCGCCCUGACCCUCGCCAAAGCAGGAGCCCGUGUAGUGAUCAACUACGUUUCCGACGCUACUUCCUCUCGCGCAGAAGUUGUUCGAUCUAGAAUCGAAGCUGCUGCUGGAAAGGACAGUGUUGUUGUGGUGAAGGCUGAUGUCUCUACUGAAGAGGGUUGCAAGAAGAUUGUUGGGGAGGCGCUGAACAAGUUCGAGGUUGAUCACAUUGAUAUUAUUGUCAAUAAUGCAACCGCCGUAACCGUUGGCCCAGUCCUUCGGAACAGCGCAGAAGACAUCUCCAAGGCCUUUCAAGUCUCCGUCCUAGGCCCCAUUCUCCUCCUUCAGGAGGCUUACCCUUACAUGCCUCAAUACUCCCGCGUCAUCAACAUUGGUACUGUGGCAUCAAGAUUGGGCUUUGGCCCUAUGCCGAUCUAUGGUGCUGUGAAGGCUGCCAUGGAUCAGUUGACUUGGAGCCUAGCCCGCGAGAUCGGUCGAGAUGGCAAAAACAUCACCAUUAACACAAUCGCUCCCGGCCCCGUCAAAACGGACAACUUGCCAGACACACCCCAAGCCGCGGCCCUGACAGACUGGCUCGUCUCGCUCACUCGAAACGAGGAACGAAUUGGAACGGCAGAGGAUAUAGCUGAUGCGGUUUUGCUCCUGGCUAGCGAAAAGGCUCGCUGGAUUACGGGACAGUUUAUCUCCGUGAGCGGUGGCAUCAACGGAGGUUGA